ACCGCCAAUUUUGGCGUGUGCUAUACAGCUCAUUACGACAGGUCUCCUCAAUAGCUCAUUAAUUUUGGAUUCCUACCGUAACGUAUCGCCAACCAAAAAUCACAUUGGAUCAUCCUGUUAGUCUCUGGAGGCCUUUCUUUUCUAUUGUAGUUUUCAGGUCAUUCGACAGCUAUCUUCGUGGCCACCCUGGUGUCUUCACACCGCCUACGAGCCGCUAUUCCUGACCUUGCCUGCAUCGAGAUGCCAUACGAAAUAUAACAUUGAAUUGAACCCAAUGGCCGUUUUGAAGAAGUUAUAAAGAAGAAAUGUUCGGAAUCGCACAAGGCCCCACAAAACAGACAGCCGCCGAUGCUAUCAAUGUCUUCAGUGGUAGACUUCAGAGCGCGACGCUCCUUGAAGAUAGGCGCAAUGCUAUUCUUGGCUUGAGGAGCUUUGCACGUCAAUUUCCUGCGUCGGUUGCCUCAGGGGCGCUCCGGGGCCUCAUUGGAAGCUUGGGCAAAGAUGUUGACGAUGUGGACACCGUAAAGGUUGUGCUUGAGACACUUAUAAUGCUUUUCAACCCCGAUGAAAGCAGUCCAGAGGCCUCGGAAGAAAUCUCGCUGUGGUUGGCAGACGAGUUUACUCAACGUCAAGAUAACAUUACCAUAUUGCUAGAUCUGCUGGAAACCAGUGAUUUCUACUCCAGACUGUAUUCCUUACAGCUGCUCGGAGAAAUCCUGUCGGCCAGGUCAGAGCGUACGGAGGAAUGUAUAUUUACCGCUCCCCUUGGAAUUUCGCGAUUAGUGGCUAUACUAGACGACAGGCGUGAGGUAAUCAGAAAUGAAGGCUUGACCCUACUCACAUACCUUACUCCUCAUUCAACAGAACUGCAAAAGUUGGUCGCUUUUGAAAAUGCUUUUGACAGGAUCUUUACCAUUAUAAAGUUAGAAGGCGCAUUAUCUCGUGGAGACAGGGUCGUCGAAGACUGCUUGAUCCUCCUCGCCAAUCUACUUCGUAUGAACGUUUCAAACCAGUCGUUUUUUCGAGAAACCGGAUGUACCCCAAAACUAGGGCAGCUUCUCAGUGAUGCUUUGAACACAGAGGAGCAAGAGGAGACAGUGGCCGAAUGGGCCCAAGUGCAACGCAAUCGCAACAUCUACGCUCUACUUGCCGUUCUUAGAUUGUUCCUUGUGAGAGGGGCCGCCGGAACUCCAGCAAACCAAGCCUCUUUCUGGCAGCAUGGUGUUCUUAAAAGCGUUUUGCAACUAGCAUUCGAUCACUCAACCGAAAUGCGGAUAAAGUCCGAGGCCCUCAUAACUUGUGGGGAUAUUAUUCGCGGAAACUCUAAUCUCCAAGAAGCCUUUGCUCAAUUACAGGUGUCAGCAGUGGUGGAUGUUCCAGUCUCCAAUGGUGACGCGAACCUCCAACAAGAUCGCGGUGCGAAGGUCUAUGUAAUAGAUGGACUGCUCGACCUUACGCUCAGUAUUCCAUCUCUGCAAGCAUUUGAUGCCAGGCUAGCAGCAUGUGAGUGUAUCAAAGCGUAUAUCUAUAACCAUCCGGCUAUAAGACAGCACUUCUUCCGCCGGGCUAUUGACGGGCACUCGUCUGGCGCGGACGAAACAGCAAACGUCCUGACCACAUUGCUCAGGCCAACUAGCCGAGAUACACCUACCGAUCCCUACAGAUACUGGUUUGCUGCGGUUAUCGUGUACCACCUCAUUUGCGAAGAUGGCGAUGCAAAGGCCAUAGCAAUGGGAAUUGCUGAGGGGGACACCUCUUCUGGCGAGGAAGAAAUUACAUGCAUACAGACUAUUACUGCAAAUCUAAUAAACGGUUUACAAAGAGGCGAUGACGAACGAGUUCUUGUGGGCUAUCUGAUGCUUCUCUGCGGCUGGCUAUUUGAAGACCCUGAUGCUGUGAACGACUUUCUUGGGGAAGGAAGCAACGUGCAGAGUUUGGUUCGUCUUCUUGGACAAGGAGAAAGGAAUAUGGUGAUUGUCCAAGGCCUGUGCGCGUUGCUCCUCGGCAUAGUGUAUGAAUUUUCUACAAAAGACUCCCCAUUGUCUCGCCCUACAUUACACAAGCUUUUGGUAUCCCAGCUUGGAAGGGACCAAUACAUUGAUCGCCUGCACAAGCUCCGGAGACACCCGCUGCUCCAUGAUUUUGAAGUUCUACCACAAAAGCUUGGGUCAACAAGCGCAGGCACACUGCCUGAUGUUUACUUCGACAGCGUUUUUGUGGACUUUGUGAAAGACAACUUCAGCAGAAUACAGCGAGCUAUAGAUCGUGAUCCUGGGCUGGAGAUACCGGUCAUCUCAAAUGGCAUACAAAAAGGGAUCUCCAGAGAAAUGGUGGAUUCACUUCGUUCACAGCUGGAAGAAAAGGAGCAGACUCUUCAGAAAGUGCAGUCGACUUUAUUGUCAUUAGAAAGGCAAUUGGAUCAGGAACGGGCGGACAACAGAAAAGCAAAAGAAACAGCAACACAGGACACCGCAAAGUUACAAAACAUGAAUGAGACGCUGCAGUAUCAUCAUAACCAAGAGAUGAAUAAGCUAAGGACUGAACUACAACAUAUCGAGGAAACUUCUGUGAAGAAGUUGCAUCUAGCACAACGUGCUGCUGAAGACAGCUCGGAGCGGGUGAAAAAGAGGACAGAUGCUGAGAUUGCAGAUCUGAAGCAAAGCAUAACCUCUUUACAAUCCAAAUUAGAAAAGGCUAUCAAGGACCAUCUACAAGAUCUGCAGACUGCACAUGAUGAGUAUUCAUCACAGCUUGAGGAACAGGUACUUCGUGUGCAACGAGCAGAAGAUAAAACAAGGGAUUUGGAAAGCAGCGAAAAAUCGGCCCAUGAGCGGACUUUAAAGGCUGAGUCAUUGGCAGCCGAAAGCGAACUGCAGAAAGCAGCGGUCCAGGCUGAGCUGGAUGAUCUGCUUAUGGUAUUCGGGGAUACAGAAGAUAAACUUUCGCGCUACAAGGAGCAACUUCGAGAGCUUGGCGAAGCCGUUUCUGAUGGGGAAAAUGAUGACGAGGGCGAUGAUGACAAGGACGAACAGCUCCAGCAACCUGAGUAGACCGCCAAUUAAUGCCGAGAUGAUUGGGGUUGGUUGGGGAGCAUUGUCACUUGUAUGCUGCUGACCUUGUUCUAUUUGGUUUGGUAGACUCGCUGGGUUGUACCCGCCUUGGACUGUUAAUUGUGGUAUACUAUACCCAGCUGUCAUAUCUGAUGUAUAUAUAGUGCCAUUCUGAAGAAAUUCAGUUGGUGCAGUCGCGCAAGAACAAAUAAGAGGUUUCAGAUGAGUUGAUUGCACUAUCAUGAUUUGAACGGGUUAAAAUAUGUAAAGAGAUGCAUGCAUGUGGGGAGAA